CGAGGAAAGCGAUGGAGAGGUUGGUCGAAUGGAUCGUCAAUAUCGGAUUAAAACGCUACCAUGGCGUGCUCGUACCCUUACGGACUGGUUGCACUCUCUUGACCAGCUGCCUCCAGAAACGGCACAGAAGCCGAAUUCAAGGGCUGCUCGGCAUCGCCUUCCAAGCAGGAUCCAGUCAGAGAAUCACACACCCCCACAUCACCUGCCAACAUCAUUUUACGAUAGGGAAUGGCUCGAGUCACAAUCGAAUUCGUCUCGCGCCGCUCUAAAGAUCACAAACGAUAAACUCGAGCUUCCUGAUCUUGCGCCUUUAAUUCUCGUUCUACACCCCAAAGUGUUCCCUGAACUCAAAGAAUACGAUGUGGAGCCAGACGAUAUCUUGAAAUUCGCUGCUACAUAUCUUACCGGACUGAAACGGAAGUAUAACAAGGCGAUAGAAGAGACAUCGUUGGUUGUGACCUCGUGA